AUGGGUAUUGUUGGAGAUCUGUUUGGUGCUGGAAAAAUGUUUUUACCACAGGUGAACUAGCCUGCUUGCCUGCCUGUCGAUGUUUCCUGUUUCCUUAUGUAUUUCCACAUGAUCGUCUCGAAAGAUUGAGUAGCCUACCAUUACAGCCGCUUCUUAUUGCUUUCCUCCUCCUGGGACGUUUUGCACGGGUCCCCAGGGGCUGUAAUUGCAGGCUAGCGAUCAAGAUGGUCCCGACUAUUAUGUUGAAACUAGACUUACAUUUUGUAAGUUUAGCUUGUUUUUCUGUAAUUCUUAUUUAUCCACAUAGUUUAUUUAGUUACUUUACAAUAUUAUUUGUUAUGACUGCUGUAACCUUUCCUCUCCGCCCGCCUCGUCUAGCUUUUGCUAUUUGCGGGCGGAGAUUGCAAAAUGAUGUGUAUGAAAUGUGUAUGAAUUCCAUUUGAGCACGUUUAUAAGAUCAGUUGAAACACGUGGUCGAUUUCAACGCUUUCCCCUGGACAAAGUUAAAAAUCGCUCAAGCUUUCCUGAACUGGGCUUUUUAGCAACACUGCACGGGUUCGAGGAGACUGCACUGCGCAUGCCUCCAAUCAGAAGCGUUACACGUUUUUUUUUACGGAAAUUGUAGAUUUUUCAGAAAGGAAGAGAGCUUCUGGCCAUGAAAUCCCGAUGUAAUAUGGUCAAAUAUCCUUUUACGCUGUUAAUAAUUAACCUACCAUCCUCAAAUGAAGCUACUGAGCAGCAGUACGUUCUUUGAUGUUACACUCUCUGUUAAUAUAUAAAGUGAUGCAAUGUUUGUAUGCUCGUUACCUAGGUGAUAAAAUCUGCUCGUGUCAUGAAAAAAGCUGUUGGAUAUCUCAUUCCCUUCAUGGAGAAGGAGCGGGAAGAAAGACUAGCUCAGAUGAACGGUGAUGGUAAUACUGUGGAGGAUUCACUUGCUGUAAGUUAGAUUCAUAUGGACAUAGUCAGCUUUCUGACCGCGCUGACCGCGGGAAAACAUAAAACGGCUGUCAAGCGCGGGAGAACAUACAUUUACGGGUGCGAGACUGUCCGGGUGCGAAGCCUGGGAAAAUGCGCGGGAAACUGAAACAUGUAACCGAUAACGGGGAAUCAUGUAGUCGGUGCGAAAACAGCCGUGUUGUCAUUGUCAAAGCGAAUAUAGUUAGGGAACCAAUUUGUCUUGAUCGUUUUUGUUUGUUUUGUUGUUGAUGUUAUUGUUGUUGUUUUUUUUUCCGGAGUCACAAAAAGUAAAAUCCAUUUAUGGCUAAGGAGCCACGCAGCUUUAAAAGAAAUCUAUAUUUUGAUUUGCCUUCGAAAACAUACCUGCUAUUUCUUUAGAUAAACGGCUCGGGACAUUGCUUGUUCGGACAUUCGACUAUUGUUUCGUUGUCUAAUUAAACAACUCCUUCUUGGAGCUUUAAGGCGCCCCGUAGUGGCUAUGAGAGUCGAUGAUUGUCAUAAAUAUGACAAAUGCUGUUACUGCCUGAGAGCAACCGUACCACUGUACAGAAAAUAUAAAGCAAGCUUCAAGGGGAAUAUUAAUGUGUAGGCCGUGCCAAUAGCUUGCAAACCUUAAUUUGGUGCUCAAUGAGAGGAUGUGCACUCGUUUCAAAUAACUUGGGGAGAAUGCGCAAUAGUGACUUUGCGCCGGAAAAUUUGCAGCGGUAAAACCAAGAUGUCGUGUGUGUGCCAUAAGUCAGUAUUUUCUGUCAGAUUGAUUGAAGUCAGCUCUACAAUUUUAUUGAACUAUUAAGUAUUGGCAGGAAAGCUGUGGUCGAAUGAUCUUUUAAGCAAAUGUAUGAAUUUCUAUUUCAGAGCCGUUACAAUGGAACGAUAGUUUUAGCCACUGUGAAGGGAGAUGUACACGACAUUGGCAAGAAUAUCGUUGGGGUUGUGUUGGGUUGCAAUAACUACAGGUAUCGUAAUUUGUUUUGUAAUUUUUUGACCCACAAAACACUUCCGAGUUUUAAAAAUCUGGUUCGUUUUCGCGUGUUUGGGCGUUCCUGGUCGACUUGGAAUUUUUCAGUGGUGGUUCUUUCGUCGAGGGGAAAACCGAACUACCCAAAAAAUGAACUCUCUAAGCAAGGAUGAGGACCAAGAACAAUGAAUUCAAUGCACGUGUGACGUUGCCUUGGAGAUUCGAAUCCAGACCACAUUAGGUGGCAAGUUUUUAAGAUGCUCUUACCACUUCACCAUCUUCGAUAGCCCACGUUCGACGACUCCGAGUAUUUACGAACGACUCCAUUGUUUCGCAAUUCCCAGAAAAGACUUGAGCAUAAGGAAAACCAACCAGAAAUAUAGAAAUAUAACCAGAAAGCCUCGGAGUCAUGUUAGAAUUUUAACAUAUCGAGCACAACCACGUUCCCCGGGUCCUCUCCAACUCGCGCUCCGGGAGACGAGUAGGAGAGGACCCUGGGAACGAGGUUGAAGGGAGUGUUGUUCCAAGUAGAAUGGAGUUCUUCUUUUUGCAACGAUUACCACAACAUACAGGGAUGGUUCCAGAAGAUUGCCAGCUAUAUAAAUACUACAGAGAACCCAGUAACUUGAACUCUGACCUGUGACAGGUCGAGUUGGCGGGGAAUUCGAGUUAUCGUGGUAAAUUUCUGUGAAAUUUUGGUCAAGGGAAGGAAAAUUUAGGUCGAGUUAGUGGGGAUUAGAGUUAACCGAGUUCGAGCUAUCGAGGUUCUACUGUAGUUAUUUUUUGGUCGCAGAACUCUGAGAGCUUCUGUAUCCUAAUAUUGAGGCUCUAGAAGACAGGUUUUACUCAGAGAUUCAAAGGGGAUAUGGCGGUCCCCUAUGCCCCCUUUAAAUCCGCCCUUGACUUAUGAGUGCGAAACCUGUUUAGUUCAGUUGUGUUACACUACGCAACGUCUCAUGAAACUUGUUUCGCAAUUGCGCUAUAAAAUCGCUGAAGCCGUUACAUUGAACAUUUUCUCAGUGUAACGAGCUCUCUCAUUGGGUGUUUUUGUCUUUGCAGAGUGAUCGAUCUUGGUGUAAUGACUCCAUGCGAGAAGAUUCUACAGACUGCUAUUGCCGAAAAGGCUGACAUUAUUGGCUUAUCCGGAUUAAUUACACCAUCUUUAGAUGAAAUGAUUCACGUCGCUAAAGAAAUGGAAAGACAGGGACUAAAGAUUCCGCUCCUCAUCGGAGGUGCCACGACAUCAAGGUAUUUACAAGUAAAAUUCCCAACCAGGUACACUUUUCUCGCCUUAAUGUAUAAUAAACUUCGAUAACGCUUUCCUCUGGCUAAGGGGUAACCAGGCCCCAGUUGUUAAAAAUGUUGGAUAACGAUAUCCAUCGGAUAAAUCUCUAUCCACUGGAAAGCGCAGUUGGUUUCCCUUAUGCUGAUCCACUGGAUAUUAAUUUACCGGUGGAUAGGGCUAUCCAUCUUUAGAACAACCGGGGCCAGAUCCAUAAAUCCUUCGUCAACAAUAGAUUUACCCAGAUUUAUCAGUAGUUUCUUGGUUUGGCGGACGGCCUCCAUCACGAAAUGACUUACUACAAAUAUUGAAAAGGCACUGACAGGAGCCCAUAACUAGGAGCGAGCAACUCCCAUACUAGGCCUAUGUCACGACGUUUUAAAGGUCCAGUUUAUUUUUACACACAUUUACGAGCACUUUUUCCCGCGAAAAUAGAAUCUCCACCAUGUUUCUGAGCGCGUUCGAAGAUAUCAAAAAGGAAACUAAACGUUAUGAAAAGGCAAAAAAUAUCAUUUUAGGUCUGUAGGUUUUGCUGACUGGUUUGCGGAAUUUAAAAGAUAUUUAGAAUUCACGCCAAAACCGUUCUAAAAAUAAACUGGUCCGCGAUAACGCCGUGACAUGAGCGCACGGAAGUUGUUCGCUCCGGGUCAUGGGCUCCUGGCAUUGAACAAUGCCUACAUCGCAAAACAAAAGGGAAACAAUAAUACUUUCCGCAACAUCAAGAAACACCCGAUUUAUCCAGUGGGAUCUCCAUUUCAAAAAACCAAAAACACAGUACCAAAAAAUUUUUGUUUUAUGUAUUUAUUUGUAUAAUAUCAGGACUCACACAGCUGUGAAGAUCGCCCCACGUUACAGUGAACCAACGGUCCACGUGUUAGACGCCUCAAAGAGCGUAGUAGUGGUAAGAGAAUUGUUUUUUAUUCAUUUCAUCUAAGACUAUAACGUGAAGGGUGCGCGAGUGGAGAGGAAUUUUCCUCUCCUUCCUUCCUCGCGCGCCUUUCGCGUGUAAGCGCGCCAAAUUCCCCCUGUUUCCUUCGAAUAUCUGCUUUGCAGGAUAUUUCAUGUCGUGUUACCAUUUUUGAUAUAAAUUUAAUGUGCCAUUACUCAUGUCUGCUAAAGGGGUUUUAUACGUUUUGUGCGCUUUGUGCCGAGUAAAACUCUAGCCUUAUAAUAAACUGUCCUAUUUCAUCGUAGUGCUCCGCUUUAAUAGACCAGAAUUCAAAAGAAGAUUUUGUAGAUGAAGUAAAAGAAGAAUAUGAAGAAAUCCGGGAUGAGCAUUAUGAUUCUUUGAAGGUAAGAAAGUUUCUUUUUCCAUGUAGUGGAAAACGCUUUUUCAUUCCGGCAUACCACAAUUGUAUAAAAAACGGGCAAUCGCGAAGAGACUGCCAAGGGUAGGGUGGGUAGGGUGGGCGGGGUUGGAGGGACAGAAGACGUGCAACCUAACGAGUAUGAAGCGCGGAGAAAUAAGUGCUGUCACCUACGCCAUUUCCGAGCGACAGUACAUUUGAAACCGCUUAAAAGCGCGGGAAAAUGCAUGCCAGCGCGGGAAAUCGUACAGCCGGCGCCGAGCCUGCAACAGGUAUGAACGACGGGACAAUUUACUGCGUGAGGUCAUGAUCUGAAAACGUGCUAGUGGUUUAAGCACCGGAAAAGGGAAGAAUGUUGAUUUUAUUGUAUUUUUUUUUUUUUACAGGAUCGUAAAUACCUAUCCCUGGAGAAAUCACGUUUAAAGAAAGCGAACUUGGACUGGAUUGACUUCAAGCCAGGUGAAAAAGAAGCGUUUUUGUAGUUCUUUUUCCUUUUGCAGCCUGUAGUAUUCUAACAGCCGUUUCUGUGUUUUGAGGAUCAGAAAGGGAUCCAAUGAUAGCCCUUGGCCUUUCAAAACAACCUUUUUGAUAGUACUUUCCAGUGGUACUGUUAUUAAACUGUUCUGUUUGGUUUGGCCGGGGAGGGGGAGGUGGGGGGAUAGUGUUGAACUAAGAAACCCGUAAGAAAUUGUCAGAGUGUCCCACAAUUCCCAAAAUUGUCUUCGAUAUAACCCAUAUUAGAAGAGCAGAGUAAAAUUCGGCGCUUCAUUCAUUUCAGAGUGUAUCUGCUGUAUACCGUUAGGUCGCGCAUGCUGGAUAUUCAAAAGAAACCUGUAUACCCGUAUUCUCAAAAACCGACAUUGGCUGUUGUCAUUCUAACUUUUCAAUCUGCUUAUUAUGCUAUAAAAGGUGAUUCUGAUUUUUGAGUCUUUAGAGAAAAUUCUGAAGUGCGACCAUUCAAAUGAAAACAACUGAGCAGUACUUUCCUGUAGUACUGUUAAUUGUUCGUUACGAGGGAGUUCUAACUUUUGAUUGUAGGGUAAAAUCCUAAACGGUAAAAGGUUCUCAUACACUUUGAGUGUUAUCAAUAAAUCCAUUUCAUUUUCUACUUCUUUUUAGUUCGUCCGUCGUUCUUGGGUUCGAAGGUGAUAGAUGAUUGUGAAAUCAGUGAGCUCCUUCCUUACAUUGAUUGGAAGCCUUUCUUCGAUGUAUGGCAACUUAGAGGAAAAUAUCCCAAUAGGGGAUAUCCAAAAAUCUUUCAAGACAAGACAGUCGGUAAGCACCCUCCCGACCCUGACUACGUGUCCUCCUUAUUGUACGGUGAUUAAGAAGUUGCUUUUGCAAGUAAACAAGUAAACUCACGCGGCUACUACAGUCUACCGCGGAACAACCGUACAAGGGGUGGGAUGUAGGAUUUGCACCCCUUCCUCACUCCGUUGGGGGUGGGAAAGCGGUGCUACUUUGAAUCUCUGAUAAUAGGGGAGCUUAAGCAACAACAACGGCAACGGCAACGGCAGCGAAAACGUCACUAAGAAAGCGGGCUUCGUGCUGUUUCAAACUUUUUUUCUCUGGUUCCAUUUCAUACAAUUUUUUUAAUGUUGGGGAAUUCUUAUAGAGUCGAUUCUGAAGGACUGUAUUUUUAGAAGUUCACAAGAAGAAGAAGAAGAUCUUUUUUUGUGUGUUCACGUCCUCCAUGAAACGUGAAACUAUGAAGUUUCACCUCGUAGUUGUGUAACGACGGUAAAGAAAUGCACAAAAAAGCGUGAUGAACGUGCAGGCUUGUUCCAAUCUAAACGUACUCCAUUUUUGCCGUUCUCGUUGUCGUCGCCUUCUUCGUUGCUUAAGCUCCCUAAUAUCUAGAUGACGAGCUGGGUGCGACUAGCCUUGUUAAACACUUCGCUUAAAUUAUGUUGGGAGCAUUUUGCACGUUAAGAGUACGCAAAACUCGCUUUUUGGAUAAAUUUGGGUCGAUGACGGUGACGUUUAUGUUCGUCACCAUAGCAACUCAAUUCCGCCAAGCUAUGCCGAAAUGCGUCGACGGACUGAACUGAACAGGCAGUGAUGACAAGGUCAGUGACGACGAGGUGUGUCGUCCAGGAUCGUCCGAAAAAGUUUAAUUAAAAAUUAUGUUAGAAGGCCCAUUUAUUACUUGUCCAAGAGAAAGUAUCCUUCUCGUCAUUGAAACAGGUAGUGAAGCGAAAAAACUAUUCGACGAUGCUGAAAGCAUGUUGCAGAAGAUCAGUAAAACUAAAUCUCUGUGGCCAGUCGGAGUGGUUGCUUUCUAUCCUGCCAAUAGCGUCGGUGAUGAUAUCCACGUGUUUGAGGAUGAUGAUGCUAGGAAGGAAUCACCACGUGCCGUGUUCUAUGGCUUGAGGCAACAGGUUAGUAAACAAUGUCACACACCGGCAUCCGUUAUUUCAAGUAUAAAUGGUACAAUAUGAGUAAGUGUUUAAGAUUAGAUAUCACCUUAAUGUAUUUUGUUCGUGUUGAAUUUCGGCCAUUUUGAAUAACUUAGACGUGUUGCUAUCGCUAGCCUGUGUGCUAAGUGCGAAAAGGGGAGGGAGGGAAGAAGGGGGCGGGGGGGAGAGAGAAGAAACGCGUGAAAAAGAAACAGGAGAAGGGAAAAAGAGAAGGGAUUUUUUGGAAGGGAGGCGGAGAUUCCUCUCUCUCCAGCCGCCCCCCCUCCCUCCCUUUUAAUUCCCACCCGUUUCUACGCGCCGUAACAGUAUUUGCUCAAGAGAAUUGCUGUAAAAGUGGUAUGAAAAGUCAAAAAUUGUCCACCAGUGAACAACCUUUUUCGUGUAGAGUCCUAAGGGUAAUUCAGACUGGACAACGUUUCGCACUGUUUGACGACACCCGGAGAAUAUUGCCUUUUGAUUCUGUUUUUUUGCCUUUAGCUGUUUAAGGUUUGCACGCGAGUUUUCACUUUUGCGGCGUUUCGACCUUGCGACCAGUUUAAACGAGUUACUAAGCUACGGUUGCCGUUAACUCUCACCUUGUAUGACAGAGCUUGGUAAAAGCAGAAAUUUGUAUCGCGUAAAUCAGCUGAGGGUUUUUCCGACUCUGUCAACUUAUCCCCGAAGACGCGUCUAACGAAGGUAAAGUUUCUACAGAUAAGGUAACUGUUCAAGCUUUUAUUUUCAGGCCGAGAAGGAGCCUGGUGUCGAGGAUCCAUACUAUUGCCUGUCAGACUUUGUAGCACCGCUGGAUACAAAUGUCAAGGACUACAUCGGCUGCUUCGCUGUUUCAGUCAUGGGAGCCGAGGAAAUGGCCAAAAAGUAAGAAGAAGUAAUUUACCAGGAAUGUUGAUGUUUAGUAGACGGUACUUGGAAAACAUUGUAAGGAAAUGUAACUACUUCGAUCCGAUAUUCCCUUGAAUUACAACUUGAAGUAAACAUUCUCCUUUCACAGAUUUGAUGAGGAAAUGGAUGACUAUAGUGUCAUAAUGGUUAAAGCUCUUGCCGACCGCUUAGCAGAGGUUAGUAAUCAGUAAAGUCGUCGCACAUUGUUUCAUCUCAAUGUCUUUUAUCGACUGAAACAUGUAACAAGUGUACUGUUUUGUUCGUACCAGGCUUUCGCCGAACAACUCCACGAACGCGUUCGCAAAGAUUUGUGGGGAUAUUGCAGCGAUGAGUUACUAGAUGCUAAAGAUAUGCACAGGAUAAAGUAUCAGGUGGGUUUGAUUACAACGUCUCUUGUUUUUCUCAGACAAAAGAGUUUUUAUCUCGAUUCCUACGGUGGCCGUGGACAGUUUUUCCAUAUUUUCAGCACUUAAAGGUUUGGUGCAAAAUGAAAAAUGUUAAUGAAAAAGCGGUUGGUUGGUGUAACGAAAUGUUCCCAAACGAAUGCUUAGUUGCUAGGGAACAAGAUAUGUUUGUCAUAUUCCAUAGCAACGGGACCACCUUUUUUAUCACCCUUCAUUUUAUUUUCAUCUUCUAAUAACUCGAAAACGAGCUCAGCUUGGUCAGUUUUCGACAAAUGUCAACUUUCUGGAAAAACUGAAAAAAUCUUUGGAGAGGGUAACAGAAUUUCCUUUAAAUUUCCACGAGUUAAUAUUGGUUCUAAAGUGCCGGGGGCUCGAUUUCGAUUUGCGAUCGAAAUAUCCCUCUCUUUUGUUAGGGUAUUCGACCAGCCCCAGGUUAUCCGAGUCAACCAGACCACACAGAGAAACUCACGAUGUGGGAGUUGAUGAACUGCGAGAAACUCACUGGAAUCAAGUUAACAGAAUCGCUCGCCAUGGACCCUGCCGCUUCAGUGUCCGCCGUCUUCUUUGCUCAUCCUAAAGCUGUUUACUUCUCUGUAGGAAAGAUCUGCGAGGAUCAGGUAUGACAUUACAACGCUAGAUCUUGUUUUGUGUAUUUUAAAGUUAGUGAGUAGACCGAGCAAGGAGAAUAUAAAUGAUAGUGGUGGCGUUGAUUUUUGUAGAUCCGCAAUAAGGGGGUUGGGGGAGGGGAAAGAGAGAAAAACAGCGAAAGGGAAAGGGUGGGAGAGCGUCCUUUCUCACUCUCUCUCUCUCUCUCCAACCCAUCACCCUCAUCCCCUUCCUUCCCUACCCCUUUUGAUGCCUGGGAAACUACCCACCUACCCCUCUCUUAAGCCACCCCUUUGCCUCAGGUGAGAGGUGAGUGUUAAUGUUAGCUUAGGGGAGGAGUAGGUGGGCAGUUUCCCAGAAACCUACAUUGAUCCGCCUGCCACAUAGGCGCCGCUGUAUUUUGUCCCGUAGCCCCAGUUUUUGUCAGGCUUGUCGGCAAAUAACCAUUCAAUUAAGCCGGUCAAUUACGAAGACCAGGACGUGUAAUAACUAAUGUAGCCUUAGGCUUUCUCGUCUGUAGGUAAUGUAGUGUGAUGUGACUAUGUUCAAGUGAAAUCUCUGACUCUAGCAGUAGUUUCACCUGGUAUUCCUAUUUUCCCGUAUUUUAGAAGAUGAAAUUUAGAAGUCUUCCUCAGUCGAUUAAGUUUUGAGUUCUCUGUGGACAUGUAUGUGAUGCAUGAGGAAUUUUAGAGAAGUUAUUUUCCAACGCUUUGGUCAUUUUCUACGUCGCUUCCAGGUCAAAGAUUACGCGAAGAGAAAAGAAAUGCCGGUUGAAGAAAUAGAAAGAUGGCUCUCGCCUAUUCUAUCUUACGACAGAGAUUGA